GUGGGUCAGAAUUUGGGAUCAAUCCAAAGGUCAAAAACAUGCUUCCAGGAUACAAGGCUUCAAAGUAUGACAUCAUUAUGAUCAGCGAUAGUCGUAUAUCAGUUUCACCUGAUACUUUAACCAAUAUGGUUUCAAGAAUGGCACCGAACGUUGGUAUGGUCCAUGGGCUGCCUUUUGUCCAUGACAAAGCUGGUUUCUCGUCAACGUUAGAUAAGGUUUAUUUUGGUGGAGCACAUGCGAGAAUGUACAUAUCAGCAUGUGUUUUUGGAGUGAACUGUGUCUCAGGAAUGCUUAACAUUGUCAGGAAAUCAAUCUUGGAAGAUGCGGGUGGCUUAAAAGAAUUCGCAAAGUACAUUUCAGAAGACUAUUAUAUGGGUAUAGCUGUUUUUAAAAGUGGUUUUAAGCAGAGAUUGAGUUUAUUUCCUGCAAUGCAGAAUUCUGGCUGUUCUACAUUAAAUUCGUUUAGGAAACGAAUGGUCAGGUGGACCAUGGUGAGAAUUAGCACAGUUCCCUCUACCAUCAUCAUGGAACCUAUAACAGAGUGCUUAAUGCUCGGCGUGGCCGCAUCAUGGGCCCUCUACUACCUAGUCAGCUGGGAUCCUUGCAUAGUCUUCAUCUGCCAUACCCUUGUUUGGUUCAUCUUGGAUUACUUCCAACUCAAAGUACUUCAGCGAGGACCACUCAACUUCACCAAGGUUGAUUAUGCAUUAGCGUGGUUCUACCGGGAAAUAAUGACCAUAUUCUUCUUCUUAGAGGGCGCUGUCAGCCAGACAGUCCGGUGGAGGACCGGGACAUAUCGCUUACGAUGGGGUGGAUACCUAGAGGCAUGCUGAUAUCAGACUCAGAACUAACAUUCAAGACUCUGAAUGAGUGGAGUAAGACGGUGCUCUUCCGAAGUGAGAAAAAAAAGUAUAAAAACCUGGAAAAAACUACAAAAUUUUGUGAGCGGCGCCAUUCCCACUAAAGAACAGAUGAACCCUUGUGCAAUGAAGGCAAAGUCAGUGCUGAUAUUCCAGUGUGACACUUGCUACACCCCAAGUCCAUCAUUUCACUUUUGAGCUACAGAAAUGAGGAACUGAAGGAUUCACUCCACAUCAUGGAUUUUUUAAAUUUAUAGUGAAUAUGCCUCCGAAUCAUGCAUUUUUUCUAGUAGUUAUCUGAAUUUGCAUGAAAUGUCAUGAAUUGGGUAUAUCGGUAUAAAUUUUCUAAGAAUGUUUAUGUAUUUGUUGUCAUUUCAUGCAGAACCAAUAGCAUUGUUGAUUACACAACAGACUUCUUUUUUAUUCUGCUGUCAGGCGACACUUCUGGGUCCAGUUGGAAACACAUGAUCUUGCCUUCAUCAAUUUCAUGAUCACUUGUGUACUAUUGUUAGAAGAGGGCAGACCAUUGCGUCUAAUUAGCCAAUGGUCAUGAGUAGAAUCGUAUCCUCAUUAAAGUCCUGUUUCUGUAGGAGGACGUCACAGCGGCCUGUUCCAGUCUAUUGAUGAUCCAGGCCUGAUCGGGAGAAUGUCAUCAACAAUUUUUGUUUCAUAAGUUGUCAGAUCUGACAACUUUCCUUGAUUUUUAUUUAUUGUCUAUGAUGAAUGUUAGGAUUGGCAAUGAAAAGAUGUUUGUGGGAUUCUCGCUCGAAAGACAUUACACUGAGUAUUAGCAAGGCACCUAAAGGCUGCCUCAGAGCUUACGGUGGUUUGUGACAAGAUCUUGGAAUAAAAAAUUGUGCAUUUCAUGUGGAACAUCUUACUUUGCAACGUUUUUUUGAAAUCAUAAUGUGAAUACUGAGGUUAAAUUCAUGGCAUUGCUAUACUUCUUAUGAGAAUGAAAAAGGGUUUGAUAUCUGAUGUUAAUGACAUCAUAGCAACUGUGUAACCUGCUAUGAUUUGAAACCAACUUGGACUUAAAUCUCAAUUUAAAACUCAAAAUUACUCAAAGUUUUUAUAUUAGUAUUCUUACAGUUACUUUGAAAUUUGAAUUUGUUUAAAUUAUAUUUUCAGGAAAUGAGCAAGGUGCUAUUCGUUUCAAAAUGGGAUCAUAGACAAGUUGUAAGAUAUGCGAUUGCCUUCAGGGAUAAAACCUUAGUGUAUUCUAUGCUUUUUGUCUACUGCUCUUACGAGACAAUGUCAGUACUGCCAACCUUUGAGAAGAGUUUGGAGUGAGACAUUGCGAGGGCGCGGAGCGCCCGAGGGGGGUAUGGUGUGUAAGGGGGGUGUUCCCCCUUCCACGGUAGGGAGCUUUUACAAUUUCGCAAUUUAAAUGGUGCAAUCUGGCACAUACUUUUAACUCUGAUUCCAUAAAUACAUAAGGCAAGAUUCAAAUAGGUUAAUUGAUUAUUUUUAAUGAAGUUCACUUACCUUGAAAAAAAAUCCAAAUUUUUAAGUGCAUUAUUCCAUAUCAACUCUCUUUAUAAUAGCAGUGAAACCUCAACCUGUGAUUAUCUGCUGCUCCCCAAGACGAUACUAGAACAAGUGGUCAUUAUGAUGGCUGUCCAUACUGGGUGUCAAAGCCAUUUCCCUACCUCUCAUCCAGUUAAUUUUGUUGCUUCCGCUGCCACUACUAUUCAUCAUCUGGUCAUUAUUAUUAUUGUCAAUUAUUCACUAGAAUUGAGUUUAAGAUACCAAUUUACGAAAUAUAGGUUCUUGAAUUAUACAGAAUACACCCAACAUGCACAGUCACACA